AUGAUUGUGACGAGUGGUUCAGUGACUCUAAACAAGGAUCCUCAAAAUUUGGUUGGAAUUAGCAUCGGUGGGGGUGCUCCCUACUGCCCAUGUCUUUAUGUCGUCCAGGUGUUCGACAAUACCCCGGCCUCUCGCGAUGGAACUAUUCAAGCCGGAGAUGAAAUUACUGGUGUUGGCGGAGUUCGUGUUAAGGGUAAAGGCAAAGUUGAAGUGGCUCGCCUCAUUCAAAGCUUCCCAGUACUAACGAAUUCGAAAAUCUUUCAGGAAUCGGUUACCAUAUAUUUCAACAAGCUCCACGCUGAUCCGAAACAAGGCAAAACGCUGGAUAUUGUUUUGAAGAAACUGAAGCACAAAAUGGUGGAGAACAUGGAGGCCAGCACGGCCGACGCUUUGGGUCUGAGCAGGGCUAUUCUUGUCAAUGGUAUGUUUAGAAUGUCGUCAGACAGCCUAGUGAAGAAAAUGGAUGAGUUAAAUCGCACAGCUUUGAUGUUUAGUGGUCUGGUUCAGCAUACGCGCUCUCUCGUUCGAGCCAUCUUCCAGUUGUCCAAAGUGCAUAGAACAUUUGGCGAAAUAAUGUCCCAAAUUGGAGUUAAGGAGCCACAAGUUCGUGCAGGUCAGGCCUUUACUCACUUUGGAGAGGCUCAUCGAGAAUUGGAGAAAUUCGCUGUUGGUACACUCAAGCAAUUGCAGCCGGUGUGUUUUCUUCAUGUUUUACUGGGGCUUGGCUAA